AUGGUAAGUUCUACGACUACUUUAUUUCAAAUUUCUCAUCAGUCUAACGUAUUCAAACAGAAAAUCAAAGCCCUCUCUCGCUCCACCGCGUCGCAGCAGGCGCCGGGAUCUGCUGUUGUCCGACAAGCUCGCAAUCUAGAUCCAGCCCAGCAUCCGUUCGAACGCGCAAGAGAAUAUACUCGUGCACUCAAUGCCGUCAAGCUAGAGCGAUUGUUUGCCGCACCGUUUCUGGGUCAGAUGGGCGACGGUCAUGUGGACGGUGUCUACACAAUGGCCAAAGAUCCUGGCUCUCUGGAGCGAUUCGCCAGUGGCAGCGGUGACGGUGUCGUCAAAGUCUGGGAUUUGACCACUCAGGGUGAGAUUUGGAACACACAGGCACAUGAGAACAUCGUCAAGGGGUUGUGCUGGACUCCAGAGCGGAAGCUGCUCUCAUGUGCGAGCGAUAAGACCAUCAAACUCUUCGACCCAUACAAUUCUUCGUCCGAUUCUCCACCACUGGCCACUUAUCUCGGUCAGAGCGCUUUCACCGGGGUUACACACCACCGCACACUACCUUAUUUUGCUGCGUCGUCUUCCCAGAUCUCCAUCUACGAUCUCUCGCGGCCCUCCUCCACACCAUCGCAGGUACUUCACUGGCCCACCAGUGUGGACACUAUCACCUCGCUGGCAUUCAACCAAACAGAGACUUCCAUCAUUGGAUCAACGGCCAUUGAUCGCUCUAUCAUCAUGUAUGAUCUUCGAACUUCGUCGCCUGUUCACAAGCUUGUCCUACGGUUAGCAUCAAAUGCUAUCUCUUGGAACCCAAUGGAGGCAUUCAAUUUCGCGGUGGCCAACGAAGAUCACAACGCUUACAUCUUCGAUAUGAGAAAGAUGGACCGCGCACUGAAUGUGCUCAAGGAUCACGUUGCUGCAGUCAUGGAUAUCGAAUUCAGCCCGACUGGUGAAGAGCUCGUCACGGCUUCGUACGAUCGAACAGUGCGUCUCUGGAGCAGGACACAUGGUCACUCGCGUGACAUCUAUCACACCAAGCGAAUGCAACGUGUCUUCUCUGUCAAAUUUACUCCCGACAACAAGUAUAUCCUCUCUGGGUCCGACGAUGGCAACGUUCGACUGUGGCGGGCCAAGGCCUCCGACCGCAGUGGUAUCAAGAGUGCCCGUCAGAGACAGAAGUUGGAGUAUGAUCAGGCUCUAAUUUCGAGAUACUCACAUAUGCCCGAAAUCAGACGGAUCAAGCGCCAGCGUCACGUGCCAAGAACCGUGAAGAAGGCGGGCGAAAUCAAGAGAGAGGAACUUGGUGCGAUUAAGAGACGUGAAGAGAAUGUCCGCAAACAUGCCAAGAAGGGCGCCCUGCCCCCGAGGCGCAGUGAGCGUGAAAAGAUGAUCUUGACAACCGAGCAAUAA